UGCAAAUUAUCAACUUAUUUGACCAAAGAGAAAUCUUACCCGAUCAGGUUUUGAUCUUUUAUUUAGCUUGGAAUUACCCCAGAACGUGAAUUAAUUUCUUCUCUGAAGUAAGUUGUUUAUUGAACGAUCUCGUUCGUAAAUUAGAAUCGGAUACGCUUUCAUCACUGCACAACUUUCACUUUAGUUUGAAUCUAAUUAAAGAUGAAACCAAUCAUGCAGUUUCAAUUGAAAACAUUUUCAAUCAUAGUUAUAAUGGUCUUGUCCGGGUCUUUCAAAAAAUUGGAAUGUUGGGGCACCUCAUUCGUAGAUGUCAUAUACGAAGACGUCAAUGCAUUAAAUGCAACAUGCACUGGUUUAGACUCUUGUGAACUACCAAGAGAUCCUGAUUCUCUCGAGCACUGCAGCUGUGACAGAUUCUGCAGUUUGUUAGGAACAUGCUGCAUAGACUCUAGAUAUAGAAACAGAUAUUCUAAACCAUUGAAGAACAUCGAUUGUUUUCACAUCCCUACUAGAAAAGACAAACACCGUUAUAUACCUAUGAUAAAAAGUUGUGAUCCGGAUUUGAAAACUGGUAUAUUUACCGAGAUGUUUUGCAAAAGUAAUGGCGAAUUAUUAAGCGAUCCCUUUUUGAAAAUACCCGUUACUGAUCCAAUAACUGGUAUUUCAUAUAAAAACUACUAUUGCUUUGCCUGCAACGAAAACUAUGGUACAGAAGAGCCAAUACCAUGGAAUAUAGAAUUAGCCACUAAAAUCGAUAAAUCAUCAGCAACGAAAAAAAAGUCUAAAGCGCGUAUUCCAAGGAAGGUAGGAAUUAACGAAAGUUCAGAUUCAUCAGUACCAACCCUGCAGUACGACGCAUCCUGGCGGGCGCGGGUUCUGAAAGUUACCAAUUCAUCAUCUGUUCCGAGUCUGAGUUACGAUUAUACCCGAAGAACUUGGAUUAUGAACCCCAAUCAAGAGAAUGCAACCGACGUCAAAUUUCGUGCAUCUUUUCCUGAACAGUUAAAAAACAUUACACCCAUUUGCUACUAUAUGGUUUCCCCAAUUAUUUCGGAAUGUGCAUCGGAUUGGACAGAUGACAAUGCGAAAAAGAGAUGCAUGGCUUACAUGGCUGUGAUUUCAAUCCGAAGAAACUACUACCAUAAUCCACAUUGCGCCAUUUGCAAUUAUGAGAGUAUGGAUGACCUGAAUUGUUUUGUACAUUUAAAAACUUUCAAUCGCCCAAGGUGGCAGUCCGAAGUUUUAUUACUUAGAUUAUUUUCUCUCCAAGACAAAGCAAUAAAAACUUGUGCAGACUUUAUGGGGUAUGAUCAUUUUGAAAAGAAGUGCAGAAGGGUAUAUAGAUCAAAGAGGCGUAUUUGA